AUGGACACAAUCAUACACGUCUACCAUCCUAAACGCCGCCUGCUACUACUCGAAUACACCACCCACUCUUCCCAAACUCAAUCCCAACCACCCAACGUCCUCCUCUUCAUCGGCGGACUAUACGACAACUUCCGCUCACCUCGGUACAUCGAUGAUCUGGCAGCUCUAUUCCCACGCGAUGGACCAGCGCAGAAAUGGCGAGUGAUGCACGUCCAGAUGUCCUCGGCCGGGAAGCAAUUUGGGCUGUGUGAUUUGGAUCGCGAUGUCGAAGAAAUCAGCGCCGCGAUCACCUAUAUCCGCGAGCAUGUCACCUGUUCUCCAGCCACACCGGUCGUCCUGAUGGGCCACUCCACAGGCUGCCAGGAUGUGCUGCACUACCUGUGCUCACAUCCACCAGCACCACGACCCAUAAUCGCAGGCGGAAUCCUCCAAGCACCCGUCUCGGACCGCGAAGCAAUCAUACACGACGUCAACCGUAAUCCGUCCACGCAAUCCGCGUGGAAAAGUGCCAUGUCAAUCAUCUCUUCCACACCCAAGGACAAGUACGCGACCACCAUCCUGCCUCUGCACGUCUCAACACCGCUCGUCGGCCCAGCGCCCGUGAACAUCACGCGGUUCCUAAGCCUAACCUCACCCGAUUCGCCAGAGAACCCGGCCAUGGACGACUACUUUUCCAGUGACCUGACGGACGCGAGACUCGUGGAUACAUUCGGCCGUAUUGGAUCAGCGGGUCGAGUACAGCCCUCUAAUCCAUCGAAAGCAGCCGUCUUGAUCAUCCCAUCUGGCAGCGAUGAGCACGUCGCGCAGAGCAUUGAUAAAGCGCAUCUCCUAGCCAGAUGGAAGGAGGCUAUUGAAACGCCCUCAUCGUCGUCUUCUGGCUCGCACCCCCAAGUUCAGGCAUACCUAUCGCCACACUCGCAAAUCAUCAGGAACGCACUGCACGAUAUCUCCGGUGCGUCCAUCAGCGCAUGCACGGCACGAUUGAUAGAUAUGCGCGCCGCCGUGCUGCGGUACCUAGGCGACGUCGUUGGAGACAUUGACGAAAGUCGAACGGGUCAAGGUCCCUGGGCGGUCUGGGAACGAGACCGCAAGGCAAUUGAGACCGAGGCUGGCGUUGCAGGUAUCAAGCUAUGA